GUUGUGCUGAAGCCAUCUGAGCCAGUAACAACGACACAACAUCACUGUUCAUGUGCUGCUGGCACUGCAUUAUGCAACCACACAGUUGCGUUACUAUUCCAGUCUGCACACUAUUCCCAGAUGGGAACACCAGUCCUCCCACCUGUGCACAGCUGCACAGAGGCCGAGCAGCAGUGGCAUAAGCCAAGGACUAUGGUAUGUUUUAAUAGCUAUACCACAUAUCAACAUCAUAUGGUUAUAAUCACAUCAUAAUGCUAAGAAAUGAUUUAAUGAAAACUUAAAUCGUCUCAUGAUUAGAUUUAGAAUAGUGCCCUUGUACUGUCUUUUUACAGGGUCUGAAUCCUGGGCCCAUAGGCAAAAUUACCAUCACCAAGCCCACCAAAAAGCGCUUGGCAGAAGGAGGGAUAAGGUGAGUAUUCCCUAAUAGCCAGUAUAGUAAGGAGUAGCUGGUCAUGUCCUAUUACACUUUGACUAUAUACAAUUUCAGGUGGUUUCAAGUACAUUGUUUAGAUUGGCUAACCACAGUGGCUGCUUUGCUUGGCAGAAGUACAGUCUACAGCGCCCUUUUUGGACCACUCCCUGACCUCUCAGUUCUCCAGAUAGAAGAGUCAUACAAUAACUUUGACCCUCUAUCCAAGCCAUUGAUCUGCAGCAUGGGGAUGUCUGCUGAAAAGCUUUUAGUCGACUCCCACUUUGGAAAGGUACAGGUGGGGAGCCUCCUGUCGUACCAGCAGCCUCCAAUCACAACGUGACACAUAGUUCACCAUAAGGAUACACCACCAUUCCCUUCAUUGCCCCCGGAUGGCUAGAGACUGGAGAGCAACUUUCAAGGCUGCACAUUUGUGCUCAGUGAAGAAGACCAGCUUCACAUAGAGUCUCUUCAGGUGAGCUUCGCAACAGCCCAUAAAAUAGAGGAAGCUACUAGAGAACAGAGUACUGUCUCUGACUGGCAGGUGCUCUGGAAACCAAGACUGACCUCGUCACGGUUCAGAGGGCUGACAUCCGCA